AUGGCCACAGGAGGUGGAGAAGAAGCAAUAGCACAGCGUAUAUUACGAAUUACAGAUAUUGUCCAGGAACCGCUUGAGUUUAUCGCACCCGUUGGUGGCUAUGAAGAAAUGCCACUUGUUCCACUUGAAAUAGCUGUUGAACCGCUUGUCCCUAUUCUACCAGCUGUUCAAAGUCACGCAUAUGUUGCCAAACAGCGAUGUACAAAUCCUGCCGAUGGACUGACACAGGAUGAGUCCGCCUCAAUUAUGUUAUACACAAUGGGGUGGGAGCCACUGGAUAAAUGCCUUUAUAUUGUUUUGAACGAUACAUUGCGGUCAUCUGAACGACAACAAAAACUUAGGCCAUGGUAUUUAUUUAUGAGACUGUUUCUCAGCGCACUCUUUCGCCUUCCAUCACUUACGAAAACUGCAUACAGAGGCGUUACAUUAGAUCUAAGCAAGCGUUAUACUGAAGGAAAAACAAUCGUCUGGUGGGGUUUCUCGUCUUGUACAACGGUUGUUAAUGUUCUCAAUUCGGACCAAUUUUUGGGGACGAAAGGUGAUCGUACAAUGUUUACCUUACAUUGUCUAGCGGCUAAAGAUAUUCGUAAGCAUUCUUAUUUUCCAGCCGAAGACGAAGUACUGCUUAUGGCUGCAACUCAAUUCAAAGUAAUGGGUUGUCUUAAUCAAGGAAACCUUCACAUUGUUCAACUGGAAGAAACUAGGCCACCAUUUCCACUUUUACAACCAGUAUCAGUUGUUGUUCCACCACCAAUCAAUCCAACUUCCCCAAGUGAGUAA